AUGGAUCACAGCCAGAACAUGUUCGCCCAUCUGAACGGCCAGUCGCCCUUUUACUCCACGAUUCCCGGCAUGGGAAUGCACCAUGACAUGACUAGCCCGCUCGAUGACAUGCUAAGUCCCCUGAUACCUGCUGCCACUACUUCCGUGGACCCUUCCGUUAUCUCGAAUCAGCCCAUUAGCAUGGCCGGCAUGCAGCAACCCUAUGGCCAACCCAUGGCACACCAGAUGUGUACAAUGGCAGGAGACCAUAUUGAUGCGUAUGCGCAACCACAUGCGUUUCCCCCAACAGCGAUGCUGCACAGAAAUUCGGAUCUAGGCCCUCUCAGUCAAGAUAACAACUCCUUUGCUCAGCUACAGCUGCGUCGUGGGUCGGCCAGUGUGGCCACAGAUCAGAAGCAACAGCAGCUAAAGGAGCAGGAAUUCUACAAUGAAGACUUCCGGUUUCAUGCCGUCCUUCGUGCAGCUACAGCGAUGGUCAGAGACCCAGACGAGAUCCCAAUCACAUACCUCAACAAGGGUCAGGCAUACACUUUGACCAUCUUCGACUCGGCCGCUCUAAGCUCCCCUCGUCGGCCCACAAAAUACCGAACCUACAUCAGAGUCUCCUUCGAAGAAGAGGAACAGAGAUCAAAGCCUGCUAGCUGCUGGCAGCUCUGGCAAGAAGGACGUGGUGCAAACGAGGCCCAUCAUCGAGACGGUAAACUCCUCGCCGUCGAACAUGUUGACCCUAACCAGGGCGGUGAUGGUGACCUGCGCCACCAGCAAGUCCAGCUUGAGAGCGAAAACUUUGACGGGUUCUCGGUAGUUUGGACUCCGAACAGAAUCAACGGAAGACACGAGUGUGCUAUAUCCGUGCGGUUUAACUUCCUUUCAACCGACUUCAGUCACUCCAAAGGUGUGAAGGGCAUCCCGGUUAGGCUGUGUGCCAAAACUCAAGUUGUUUCCGGUAUCUCCGAAAUUCCAGUACCCGAGUAUGCUGAGGUCUCGUACUGCAAGGUGAAGCUGUUCCGUGACCAUGGAGCUGAGCGAAAACUGUCCAAUGACGCUACUCAUGUGAAGAAACAAAUAGAGAAGACCAGAAGCCAGAUACUCCAAGCUGAGUCUGGUGCUGCCAGUGGGGAAAAGAGAAAACGGAGCGGCUCGAUCUCCCGGGGAGGAAGUGGGAACAAGGUCAGCAAGACGCCCAAGUCAAAGCGGUCCUGGUCUCAAGGCCAGGGUGAAAAGGCACCGUUCGAAGACGAUCUACAUUCUAGGCUGCAGAGUUUCAUGGAUAUGUUCCGCUCCGUGCGACAUGCCAGCGUCUUGAACCUCAAGGGUGAUCCCGAAGACGAUCCCGAUGCGUACCCUGUGAGGAUAGACCAGCCUCUAGAAAACAACAACAACAGCAACACUAGCAACACUAGCAACAUCGUCACCACCACACUUGACUGGGAUCCCUCCCAGGCCACCACCGCCCCUACCACCAACGAUGGAGCCAACUCACAUUCUUUCUCCCCUGCCAGCAGCCAUCGCUCUAUCACAUCCUCUGGCCACUCCUUCGACGUAAAGCCCAAUCUGGCUACGAAUGGAGUCAUGUUUGGAGACUCACGCCACGGAUCUGUGGACUGGUCUGGCUUUGCCUCGCAUGACCCCGAGAUCCAUCCAAAGCACGGUCAGAUUCUGAACCAUCCAAUCAAAAUUCAGCGACAAGGCGCUACUGAUGCGAAUGAUGGAUGGUUUGAAGCCAUGGGCGUCGACCCUAACUACAACCCUCCAUCAGACGCAGUCAUCGUCCCAAAACACUGCUUCUACGUCAAGGCCAGCCAGAACGAUGACGAGAAGACUGCAAACUAUCACCAUGCAAUCUACAUCCAGCAGCGCAAUAGCCAGGAAUUCGUCGAAGCCCUUGCCAGGAAAUGGAAGCUCGAUCCUGCUAACGUCAUCCGCACCAUCCAGGUCCGUGAUGAUGGCCUCAGCGUCAUCGUCGAUGAUGAUGUCGUGAGAGAGCUGCCUGAGGGUAAAGACAUGGUAGCCGAGUUCCUCCAACUCCGCGAAGAGUCUGAAGGCCCAAACAUGGACGUCGACUCUCCUGUCUCACCUGGAGCUGCCGGCCCAGUUGAAAUCCGACUGAAGUUCUAA